AUGGCUCAUAUUUACUGUGUUUACAGCUCGGGACUUGUGAUUGAAAAUGUAUAAAUUCACUGUUCUUGGCCUUCUGUUGGCAGUUGUAUGUGUCGUAACAGGAGAAUAUGUUUGUAAUGGUGAUUCCCACUUGGGAAAUUGCUCCAAAUCAGACCUUGAAGCACUUUUUGACUUCAAAAAUGGCCUUAAUGAUCCUGAAAACAGGCUCUCCUCAUGGCAAGGAAGCGGCUGUUGUCAAUGGCAUGGAAUUGGAUGCAACAAUAGCACUGGAGCUGUCAUCAUGAUUGAUCUUCACAACCCUUAUCCUAUAACUUCUGAAUCUUCAAGCAGCAGGUAUGGUUUUUGGAACUUGAGUGGUGAUAUCAGUCCUUCAUUGCCAAAACUCAAGUCCUUGGAACACUUGGAUUUGAGUUUGAACACCUUCAAUGACAUCUCAAUUCCUGAAUUCCUGGGAUCAUUGAAGAAUUUGAGGUAUCUGAACCUAUCAAAAGCUGGAUUCAGUGGUCUAAUUCCAGCAAGUCUUGGGAACAUUUCUAGCCUGCAAUUUCUUGAUGUUUCUACUGAAUUUGCGAGCUUAAGCUCAGAUAGUCUUCAAUGGGUGGCUGGUCUUGUUUCUUUGAAACAUCUUGCCAUGAAUGAAGUUGACCUUUCCAUGAUAGAUUCAGGAUUUCUUGGGAUAAUGAAUAGGCUUUCAUUUCUGAAUGAGCUGCACCUCUCAGGAUGUCAGCUCUCCGGUUCCAUUUUGUCUCUCAACUCUGUUAACGUAACUUCCCUUUCUGUUCUGGACCUUAGUUUCAACUCUUUCGGUCCUGGUUUCCCUGUCUGGCUAGUAAAUAUUAGCAGCCUUACUUAUGUUGAUCUAAGCAAUAAUGAUCUGUCUGGAAGAAUUCCACUGGAUCUUGGUGAAGUACCAAAUCUGCAAUAUCUGAAUCUUGCUGGAAACUCUAAUCUAUCUGUCAGCUGCUAUCAACUAUUGAGGAGAAGUUGGAAGAAGAUACAAGUUCUGAAUUUAGCGUCAAAUAAAGUUCAUGGCAAGCUCCCUGCUUCCAUUGGAAACAUGACAUCUCUCACAACUUUUGAUCUGUCAAAAAAUGAAGUUAAGGGUGGAAUCCCAAGCUCCAUCGGUAAACUUUGUAGUUUGAAAUCAUUUGAUUUGUCAAGCAAUAAUUUGACUGGUAGUUUGCCUCAGUUCCUUGAAGGAACACAGGAUUGUGUUCCCAAUAGGCCAUUUCCUAGUUUGAUGUAUUUGAGACUGAGCAACAACCGUUUAGUAGGCACACUGCCUGAAUGGAUGGGACUACUUCGAAAUCUAUUAGAACUCAAUCUCAACUACAAUUUGAUUGAAGGUCCAAUUCCUGCUUCUUUAGGCCAACUGUCAAACCUCACUAAUGUUGGCCUGGGAAGCAAUGAACUAAAUGGGACUCUUCCUGAUUCUUUUGGACAGCUAUCUGGUUUGUCUACCUUAGAUGUUUCAUCAAACCAUUUGACAGGUUUUAUAUCUGAAGCUCAUUUUGCAAAGCUAAGUAAGCUGAAGAUAUUACAUCUGUCUGCUAAUUCUUUCGUUGUUAAUCUCAGUUCCAAUUGGAUCCCACCAUUCCAAGUCCGGAAUCUUGAUAUGGGUUCUUGCUAUUUAGGCCUUUCAUUUCCAAAGUGGCUUAGAUAUCAGAAGGAGGUCCGAUAUCUAGAUUUCUCAAAUGCUAGCAUUUCAGGUUCCAUUCCAGACUGGUUCUGGGAUAUUUCUGGCAACCUAUCACUGUUGAAUGUUUCCUUCAAUGAGUUAGAAGGUCAACUACCAAACCUUUUAAAUGUUGCUCCCUUUGCAGAUGUUGAUUUCAGCUCAAACCUUCUUGAAGGCCUGAUUCCUCUUCCAGUUGUAGAGAUUGAAUUGCUCGAUCUCUCUAACAAUCAAAUCUCUGGUUCUAUCCUAGAAAAUAUGAGUCAAUCCAUGCCAAACUUGAUAUUUCUCUCCCUUUCAAACAACCAAUUAACAGGAGGAAUCCCAAACUCCAUUGGUGACAUGUUAUCUCUCCAAGCCAUUGAUCUUUCAAGGAACAAAUUAACUGGAAGCAUUCCAUCAAGCAUUGAGAAUUGUUCUUACCUGAAGGUUUUAGACCUUGGGAACAACAACCUCUCAGGUGUAAUUCCUGAUGCUUUGGGACAGUUACUACAACUUCAGUCACUACACUUGAACAACAACAACCUCAAAGGAAUCAUCCCUCCCUCUUUUAAGAACUUGUCAAGCUUGGAAACCUUAGAUCUUGGAAAUAACAGCUUGUCAGGCAACAUUCCCCUGUGGAUAGGAGAUGGCUUUCCAGCUCUCAGAAUUAUUAGUUUAAGAUCAAAUGCAUUUUCAGGUGAAAUCCCCUCCAAGUUGUCAAAUUUGAGUUCACUGCAAAUCCUGGACCUGGCAGAAAACAAUUUUACAGGCACGAUACCAGCAAGCCUUGGUGAUCUUAAAGCAAUGGCAAAUGAGCAAAAAAUAAUCCACUACCUGCUCUAUGGGAAGUACAGGGGUCUACAUUAUGAAGAAAGCUUGAUUAUCACUCUAAAAGACCAAAGUCUAAAGUUCAACAAGAUACUUUCCCUAGUCACAAGCAUUGAUCUCUCUGGAAAUAACUUAAAUGGGGAUAUUCCAGAAUCAAUAACCAAACUGUCAGGUUUGGUUGUUUUGAAUCUAUCAAGAAACCAUAUCACUGGCGGCAUUCCUGGAAAUAUCUCAAAUUUACAUCAAUUAUCAUCUCUUGACCUCUCCAGAAAUAACUUCACAGGCGAAAUCCCUUCAGGAUUUUCUUCACUGUCCUUUCUGUCUUACUUGAACCUAUCCAACAAUAAUUUCUCAGGAGCCAUACCUUAUUCCGGGCAGCUGACAACAUUCGAUGCAUCAUCUUUCGAUGGAAAUCCAGGUCUUUGUGGAGGUCCACUGAACAUUAAGUGUGAAAAUGAUGGUGUUGACAGUGGGGGGAGAGUUGAAGGUGGGAAAAGUAAUGAAGGAAUCAUUGAUAAGUGGUUUUAUCUAAGUGUAGGAGUGGGGUUUGCAGCUGGGAUUUUGGUGCCUGUGCUUGUUAUAUCAGCUAGAAGCUCUUGGGUUGAUUCCUACUUUGGUAUGGUCGAGAAAUUUAUUGACAAAUCAGGGUUGAGAAAUUUAGCAGAUAGACAUGGAAGGAACAAGGGUUGAGAAAUUUACAGACAUUAAAUAAUAAUCCCUUCCUGUUGAUUUUCUAUUGUACAACUGAUGCUUAUUACCAUCUAUAGGAUAUUAAGCUAUUUGUGUGUUGCAUGGCCAACCAUAUCCUAGUCAAGCCACUUCACUGAAUAUCCAUCAACUAUCUUCCAUUUGUAUUGCAGAGGAAGCAAUGAAUUUCCUCUUAUUUUAAAGGUAAAAGCAUGUCAGUUUAACUGAUGAAAUGAACUUACUGAGUGCUUAUUAAAGAUAAAA